UAGUGAAUAUGUUACUGGAUUUUUUUGUGUGUCAAUCAUUCUUUCGACUUCCCCUUUUCAUUGCUGCACAGUGUCUGUGCUGAUAGGUUUCCAAAUAACAGAACUAACCUGUCUGCUCUUAGAAUGGUCAGUGUGGUGUCUGUCAGCUGAGAGACAGUGAUGCUCAAAGUUGUCUGCUGGAAAAUCAGAAAACAAAAGAUUUUGGAGGUCACAGAAGUAAAUGAGCUGGGAACUCCCUGAAGAUGUCUGGCUUAUAUUGCUUCAAACUGUCUGAAUGUUUGCUGUUUAACUGCUGAAGCUUUCCUACCAUUUCUUUAUCAUCUGAAGCCUUAAUCUAUUGAGGGAUCAGAAGCGGUAGUAAAAUGCUAAAAGAAUCAAGACCAACUAAAACAUGAGAAGAUGAUCCAGCCAGAAGAUUCUUCAUGUUGUGGAAAUCUUAUUUUUGUUUAAUAUGUAAUAUCAUUGGACAAAGCCACAAAUCAGUUACUUAUCUUGAAAUUAAGACACACCUGUGGCCUUCAUCAGAAAUGUUCCUAACAUUUUCAAGGAAAAAUAUGUCCCAGAAACUGAGUAUGUUUUUACUAGUCUUUGGAAUAAUUUGGGGUUUGAUGUUGCUACGCUACACUUUUCUGUAUCCAAGGCGUCAGAGCAGUGCCGAGUUGCGUGGACAGAUACUAGACCUCAGUAAAAGAUACGUCAAAGCACUGGCAGAAGAAAAUAAAAAUUUAAUGAAUGGUGCCGGUGGAGCCUCUAUGGCAGGAUAUGCUGAUCUUAAGAGAACAAUUGCUGUUCUUCUGGAUGACAUAUUACAACGACUCGUGAAACUGGAAAACAAAGUUGAUUACAUUGUUGUGAAUGGCUCAGCAACGAAUACCACUAAUGGAACUAGCAAUCAGGUGUCAGUAACCUCAAAUAAGCGUGUAAAACCAGCAAGAAAUAUUAGAUAGCAAACAGGGCCACUUUUUGUUGCGACAUCUACGAUAGGUCACGUUUAAGAUAAGCUUUUUAUCUUUGGCUAGGGCAAAUCAGCAGUUGACUCUAAAAGAGUGUAAAUUAUUCUGUUAUACAAUGUGCUGGAUCUAUGUAGGCCUAACUUAGGUUCUCAAAGCAUUAUUUCAUUGCCUUUGAGCACUACUUCUGAACUGAUCUUUGUUGUCUUUAAAUAUAUUUUGGUAUGAUACAAUGUAGUAUGCCAUUGGAUAAUAACAAUAAAUGGAAAGAAAUGGGGAACUUAUAAGUAGGUUUCUGAAGUUAUUUAUUUCAGUAUAAAUACAACAUAUGUUUUGGAUAGAUGAGCGGUAUUGCAUCUUGUUCAUUUUUUUGUGAUCUGCAUUAAGCCGAGUAACAGGAAACACAGUUACACUGAUGUUAGGAAAUGUGUAUACUUAGAAUACUUUGUUAGUCAUUCACUAAAACAAUAUUAAAUGGAGGACAGCAUUGGUGGUAAUGCUUCAAAAGUGUGACCCAAAGAAUGUCUUUAUUUGCACUGUCAGAAUAGCUAGAGAGAAUUUACUGUAUAUUUAAGAAAACUAAUUAGAAUAGGAAAACAUCCUAGGUAGUAACACUGUCCAGGUAUAUCUUUACUCUGGAGUUAGGGCAGUUAGAUUAUCAAAAGCAAAUCAUAAUCUGUGAUAUCCUAGAUGAUUGUUUCUUACAAAGAUAUUUAAGUGUAUGUAUUUUGUAAUUGCAGAUAAAAUUAUUUAAGUGAUGGAAAUAAGUUUUAGAUAUGUGAAUACUGCUUAUUUUUAUUCAUGCCUAUUUCUUUCUAACUUUCUAGUACCUUGCAAUUUGUAAUGUGUAUAGCACACCAUCUCCCUGAAUUGCUUUUUUGAUCAGGAGGAAAAGCAACGAGGGGAAAUAAGGCAUCUCUGCAUUUAAACAGAGAUAAAUGUACUAAGAGUUGUCUUAUCAUGGAAUAUUUGAGAGAUAAGGUAGUUUGCCUUAUGUCGCUAGCCUUACAGCAAAGUGAAUUGCAGCGUGGAUGCACUGUAUUUCGAAAUGUUACUGAAGUCAUAUUAAAGAGAAAGUGCCACUGAGCCUGUUUUUUAAAAUGUACUGAAUGUUUGUGGGGGUGGGAAGACUCAUGUUCAGGGACUUUUGCCAAAAGUGUGCUGUGAGUGGGUUUUUGGGGGUGGGUGGGGGUGGUCUAACCUAUAUUAAGGAAAAAAGCCACCAGUAAAACCGGAGGUGCUGGAUGAUGUACCAUCCAAAAUUACGUGUUUUUCCUCUUCUUCCGUUUCCCUGCUGAAAUUCUGGACUGUUGCAAAGUAAAAUACACUUACAACCUUAGUUGGUAUCCAGAUUACUUUUUUUUUUUUCUGUCACAUUGUGUGUGAACAUGUACUCACUUCAAUGCAGAAAGAGAAAAAUAAAUUUUUAAUUGUA